AUGAAUGAAUUAACUGACAACGAUGAAUUAUAUGGAAUAAUUUGUCAACAUGAUCAUGCAGAUGAACUUGAUACGCGUCUCAACAGUUUAUCGAAUGUUGAUGAAAUAUUGAUGUUUUUACAUCUACGUGAUGAACAAUGUUUAACCUUAUUAAUGUUAGCCGCUCUAUAUGGAAAAGAUGAAAUGGUACGCGUUAUACUUGCUCAUUCAUCAGAUAUACCCAAACUAGUCGAACUUCAUGGAUAUGUAUUUCGUAUUGAUGGAACGUUUGUUAAAAAUGCAACAGCAUUGUGGUGUGCUUGUGAUCGAGGUCAUUAUACAGUAGCGCGUACACUCAUUGAAAUAGGUGGAGCUAAAAUUAAUAAUGGUCCGAAAUAUCCUUUAUUAAUAGAUGCUAUUAUUGUUGGACGUCUUGAUACUAUUCGUUUUUUAAUUGAAAAUAGCUAUGCGGAUAUCAAUAAUACAAGAAAUAAUGAUAAUUAUAAAUUUAAUAGUCUUAUUAUGGCAGUAAUUCAUGGUCAUACACAAAUUGUUGCAUUUCUUCUUGAAAAAGGUUCACGAUGUGAUUAUGUAACUCCAACAUCGAAUAAUUCAGCUUUAAGCUAUGCUGCGAUGAAAGGUUAUUUAGAAAUAGUACGUUUAUUAUGUACGGCAGGUGCUUGUUCUUUUUCAAAGAAUAGAAAUGGACAAACACCAUUAAUGUUAGCAGCUAAAAAUGAUCGAAUGGAUAUUGUUGACUAUCUAUUAGAUCACAGUGAUAGUGAAAUAGGUAUUAAACAACUUGAAUUAGUUGCUUGUUCAUUUAUAGUCGUAGUGAAUAGUAAUACAAUUCAACAGAUACAAUUUCAAAGAAUGAUAAGAUUAAUGCAUAAAAUAUAUGAAAUACGACAGAAAAAAAAUCUAACAAAAACAAUUGUACAACCAAUUGCUGCUUAUGCUUUCUAUCAAGAAUGUCAAAUAAUUGAAGAAUUUAAUAAAAUUGAACAUGAUAAUGAACGUUUAUAUAUUGAAGCAUUAAUAAUUCGAGAACGUAUUUUAGUACCUGAAAAAGAUGAAACAUUAUUUAAACCAUUACUUAUUAUUGGUGAUAAACUUGUUGAACAAGAACAGUUUGAACGUUGUAUUCAUUUAUGGGAACAUACAUUUUAUUUAUAUCAAAAUAUGAAUCUUGAAACUGGUCUUCAUCGUUUUGUUUGGUUAUUUUGUAGAAUGCUUUCAGCUAAUGCUUAUAUUUCUCCUCAACGUUUUGUACAAAUAUGUCGUCUUACAUUUGAACCAUCACAACAAAAACCAAAAGAUGAUUAUAUUAAAAAUGCAUUAUGUUUUUUAGCUAUAGCAAUAAAAAUACUCGAACGACCAACAUUAACUAAAACAGAACGUCAAUUAAUUUAUCAAUGGAUAAAUGAUUUUUCUCGUCAAAAACGUACUACAUCUCAUGGACAAACUUUAUUACAUUUAUGUGUUGAUGAACAAACUUAUUAUGAUAUUAACUAUCGACCGCAUGAUAUUAAACCAAUACUUAAGUUUCCGAAUUUAGCUAUCACUCAACUUCUUGUUACUCAUUACAAUCAAUGGAUUGAUAUAAAUGCAGUAGAAGCGACAUCUGGUAAUACCGCUUUACAUAUCAGUUGUAAAAAUAGUAUAAUCGAUUCAUUAGCAGUAGUUCAAUUACUGAUUAAUUCUGGUGCUCAUAUAGACUGUAUGAAUGUACAUGAUCGAACUCCGUUUGAUAUUGCUGAAGCAAAUCCAAUACGAACAUUGUUAAAAAUAAAACAAUUACCAUUACGACUUAAAUGUCUUUGUGCACGUCGUAUUCUUGAUAAACAAUUACCAUAUGAACUUAUAUGGCCAAAAGAAACAGAAAUGAAUAGUUUCUUGUUUUUACAUGGUGGUUUAGCAAAAUUUAGUGAAAAUAGUUCGACAAAUUCUUGA